CCAAACGUCGUUAGAAAGAUCGUUAUAUCCCACAUAUUUAAAUACCCAAAUAGUCUCCCAAUCCUGGAGCCCAUUUCUCAUCGUACCUCCUCUCUCUAGGGCAGCUUCUCAGAUCUGCCCCCUCUAAGCUUUUCAAAAUGGGGUUGUCUUUUACCAAGUUGUUCAGUCGUCUUUUUGCUAAAAAAGAAAUGCGAAUUCUUAUGGUUGGUCUCGAUGCUGCUGGUAAAACUACCAUCUUGUAUAAGCUUAAACUUGGAGAGAUCGUGACCACCAUUCCAACAAUUGGAUUCAAUGUUGAAACUGUGGAAUAUAAAAACAUUAGUUUUACGGUUUGGGAUGUUGGAGGCCAGGACAAGAUUCGACCUUUAUGGAGACACUACUUCCAAAAUACACAAGGGCUGAUUUUUGUGGUUGAUAGCAAUGAUCGUGAUCGUGUUGUUGAGGCUAGGGAUGAGCUGCAUAGGAUGUUGAAUGAGGAUGAGUUGAGGGAUGCAGUGCUGCUUGUAUUUGCUAACAAGCAAGAUCUUCCGAAUGCAAUGAAUGCUGCUGAGAUCACUGACAAACUCGGUCUCCACUCUCUUCGUCAACGCCACUGGUACAUCCAAAGUACAUGUGCCACCUCUGGGGAAGGGCUCUAUGAGGGUCUUGACUGGCUCUCCAACAAUAUAGCAAACAAGGCUUAAAUUGAUGAUAAAAACUUCGGCAGCCUCUUGUUUUGAAUGUGUUAUAGUGGGAUGUCAUUAUCUUCUGUUUAUGAAUUUCUUACAGUGUUACUAUUCUAAGAAUGUAUUUUGUUUAGAUAAUUACUACAAAGUGAUUGAUGCCAUUUGGCCCUGUAGAUUUAAAUAAUUCAAGAUUUUUAGAGUCUCCCUUCCAUUCCAUACA